AGCACAGACUACCCUUUGCUCUCUGCAGGCAGACAUGUCAGUGGACAACAGGAUUGCAAGAAACUAUGCCAAAGGAGUGGGUGCCAUCAUGGUCCUUCCAUUUCUCGUCAACGAGCGAGGAGGUGAAAUAUUCACAGAAAUGACACCAGGGAAGGGAUUCACACAUCCGACACUGCUCUACACUGGCGAAAACCCCGUAUCUUCUGAGGCCAUGUGCGUGAAGUGCGAGAAUGUCUGUGUAGACGUCCUUGAUUUUACGUCAGGACUGUCGUUACUUUUUGCGAUGUACUGGGCGUACAACAUUGAAUAUGUCGCAUCCGCGAAGAAUACGCUGUGCCUGCUAGAACACAUGAUGGGCAUAAACAGCUCUAAAUUGACCACCAGAGGCAUAAAAGUGCUGACUGCACUGAAAGCGCAAUCGAAAGCAAGUAGGUCAAACGCAAGUUCAGGGCAAUCAGGUGUGACUGAUUGAAGUUUGAGUGUUAAAGCACAAUACCUUUAAGUACUAGUCAUAGCUGUCUAGCAGGGCUACGCAGAAGUUAUUUAUUAAUGUGUUGUUAUAGCUGUCUGGUAAGAGCUAGUCAGAAGUUGUUUAAUAAUGUGUUGUGAUCGCUGUUGAGUGAGAGCUAGUCAGGAGUUAUUUAAUGUUGCAAUAUAAUUCUCACUGGAAGCCACUG